GGUUGGCUUUACUCUCCCCAUUAUCACCCUCAACUUGCAUUUUCUUGGAAACACCCACUUUCACGGCCAAGGCCUAGUUCCUGCAUGCGACAAAGAUCAAGUAUAAAAGCAAUUGAAGUCCCAUGACCACAUUGCUCGAGCAAGAAAGUGUCUCAUUGUCACCCAAAAGGCCCACAUUACAGGAUGGCCGAUGCCAGUGAAAUCAAUCCAGCUCCUCCGGCCACCGUGCCACGGGCACCGUCAACGAGACCGGCCCCUCCACCGCCGAUCUCUUGCCCACCCUCCCAGUUCAACCCAACCACUGUCCACCCCAAUCCUAAUGCAGAGGCAGUAACCUCUAGCAAGACCCCCAAAACACCGAAAACGCCAAGAACGCCGAGACUGUCUCUCACGCCGAGGUUCCUGACUCCUCUGGGAAGCCCCAUGAGGAAGGCGCUUCGCCUCACGAAGCUCGACCCACAAGACGCUUGGCUGCCCAUAACAGAGUCAAGGAAUGGCAACAAAUACUAUGCUGCUUUUCACACACUCUGCUCUGGGAUUGGCAUCCAAGCUCUGGUUCUUCCUGUGGCCUUCACUAUACUUGGCUGGACAUGGGGAAUAAUAGGGUUGACUUUGGCAUUUGUAUGGCAGCUCUACACACUGUGGUUGUUAGUCCAGCUUCAUGAAUUCCCGGAAACUGGGAUGCGGUACAACCGAUACAUCCAGCUCUGCACUGCUGCUUUCGGUGAGAGGCUUGGGAAAUUGCUUGGCUUAUUUCCAAUCAUGUACUUAUCAGGCGGCACUUGUGUGGCGCUGAUCAUCAUCGGCGGAUCCACAUCCAAGCUCUUCUACCAGAUCGUCUGCGGGACCGCCGCAUGUGCCGCGAAGACCCCUCUGACGACGGUGGAGUGGUACCUGGUCUUCAGUUGUGGGGCGGUUGUGCUUUCGCAGCUGCCCAACUUGAACUCGAUUGCUGGAGUCUCCCUGAUUGGAGCGAUAACAGCCAUCGGGUACUGUACGACCAUAUGGGCGGUGUCCGUAGCAGAGGGCAGGCUUCCGGGAGUGUCUUACAAACCAGUCAAAACCGGGACUCGUUUUCAGCAAGUGAACAGUGUGCUUAAUGCACUUGGGAUUAUUUCCUUUGCCUUCCGAGGCCACAACCUCGUACUUGAGAUUCAGUCGACUAUGCCGUCAACUGAGAAGCUUCCUGCACAUGUGCCGAUGUGGAAAGGAGUGAGGGUUUCAUAUACGCUCAUCGCAAUGUGCUUGUUCCCACUAGCAAUUGGUGGUUACUGGGCUUAUGGCCACUUGAUACCUGUAAACGGUGGGAUGCUCACGGCCCUUUACCAGUUCCAUUACCACAACAUCUCUCGGUUUGUGUUGGGAAUGACGAGCUUGUUCGUGAUAAUCAACGCUUUGAGCUCUUUCCAAAUCUACGGCAUGCCCAUGUUCGACGACAUGGAGUCAAAGUACACCAGCAGGAAGAAGCAGCCAUGCCCGUGGUGGCUUCGGUCAAUCUUCCGGGCCAUGUUCGGGUUCGGUUGCUUCUUCGUGGCGGUGGCAAUCCCAUUCCUGGGGAGCAUGGCUGGGUUGAUUGGAGGGGUCGCGCUGCCUGUUACUCUGGCAUAUCCGUGCUUUAUGUGGCUGAAGAUGAAGAAACCAAAGAAAUACAGUUCAAUGUGGUGGCUCAACUGGGUCUUGGGGACCCUGGGGAUGCUGCUGAGCAUCUUGCUGAUUGCUGCCGGGCUCUACGUCGUGAUAGACACGGGCAUUAAAGUGAGCUUCUUCAAGCCUCACUAGAAAGCCUCGAGAGUGCUGCGAUAUAGCUACUUUGAAGUGUGCAGGUAGAGGUUCGCUGCCUUUUGUUGAAGAAGCCACGUUUGGAGGGAAAACCACAACAGUGGUUGUAUUAUGUUUCUUUAGGACUGAUAUGUGAAUGGAUUGAUUUCAAGAUAA